AUGCAGAUUUUCGUCAAGACACUCACAGGCAAACACAUUACACUCGAAGUCGAACCAACAGACAGAAUUGAAGAUGUCAAGGCUAAGAUUCAAGACAAGGAAGGUAUUCCACCAGAUCAACAGCGUUUGAUCUUUGCCGGCAAGCAACUUGAAGACGGCAACACACUUCAAGAUUACUCCAUCCAAAAGGAUUCUACACUCCAUCUCGUUCUUCGUCUUCGUGGUGGUAUGCAGAUUUUCGUCAAGACACUCACAGGCAAACACAUUACACUCGAAGUCGAACCAACAGACAGAAUUGAAGAUGUCAAGGCUAAGAUUCAAGACAAGGAAGGUAUUCCACCAGAUCAACAGCGUUUGAUCUUUGCCGGCAAGCAACUUGAAGACGGCAACACACUUCAAGAUUACUCCAUCCAAAAGGAUUCUACACUCCAUCUCGUUCUUCGUCUUCGUGGUGGUUUCUAA